AUGGCCACUCUCAAUCAAGGCCAGAAUCGCUACGUUCUGAUUGUGUAUCGUAAUGCUGUGGCUGCUCUCGUUCUUGCACCUUUUGCACUAUUUUUUGAAAGGAAAGUGAGGCCAAAGAUGACACUAUCGGUUUUCUGGAAAAUAGUGCUACUCGGUUUCUUAGAGCCAAUCUUGGACCAGGGUUUUGGCUACUUAGGGAUGAACAUGACAUCAGCAACAUAUACAUCUGCCAUCAUGAACGUUCUUCCUUCUGUUACAUUCGUAAUCGCUUGGAUUUUAAGAAUGGAGAAAGUGAAAAUAGUAGAGGUACGAAGCCAAGCAAAGGUCAUAGGGACAUUGGUAGCUCUUGGAGGGGCAUUGGUAAUGACAUUGUACAAAGGUCCUCUUAUUCCUUUACCAUGGUCUAGCCCAACUUUGGAUCAACAAAACGGACAUACCAACAGUUCACAAGACCAUAACCAUUGGGUUGCUGGAACCUUGUUGAUACUCCUCGCUUGUGUUGCUUGGUCUUGUUUCUAUGUUUUGCAGUCCAUAACAAUAAAGACGUAUCCUGCGGAUCUUUCACUAGCAGCCUUGAUAUGCUUAUCUGGGGCAGUCCAAAGCACUGUAGUAGCACUCAUAGUAGAGCACCACUCCAGUGGAUGGGCUGUUGGAUGGGAUGCUAGGCUUUUCGCACCUCUUUAUACGGGAAUAGUAAGCUCGGGUUUAACAUACUACGUGCAAGGGAUGGUUAUGAGGACGAGAGGGCCAGUUUUCGUCACUGCCUUUAAUCCUCUAUGCAUGAUUCUUGUAGCUCUCCUUGCUUCUUUUAUUCUUCAUGAACAAAUACAUUACGGAUGUGUAAUAGGAGGGACAGUGAUCGCAAUGGGUUUGUAUUUGGUUGUUUGGGGAAAAGGAAAAGACUAUGAAGUGUCAGGAUUAGCUAUCCCUGAGAAGAAUAGCCUUCAAGAAUUGCCCAUCAGAAAUAAAGCUGACGAUGACUACAAAUUGGAUUCUUUUGUAGCUGAUGGCAGCAAUAUAACCAUUCCCGCUGGUGGGCAUCGUCAGAUAUCUUGA